GCCACAGAUAACCCACAAAGUGAACAUACCGCAUAGGCAUUCAAUAAAUAAAUGCCUGUUGAACGGACAUUUGAGGGUGGUGCGGAGCUGCCUGCAAGUGCUUUUCAGCUGUGGAGGGGAUAAAUAUACUCGCAGUGGCUGAGGAGUGUUCACUAGAGGAGUGACUGCUCUAGUGAUGAUGGCUGUAGGUGUGCUCAUGGCAAUGUGGGUAACUGCAGCGCUGAUGGCCGCAGGGAUGUCACGAUGGUUGUAGGGACAAUGACUGUAGGGAUGAUGGUUGUAGGGGUAAGAGGGUCAUGGGGCUGGCUGGCUGUAAUGUCUGGAAGGGUGGCAGCUGUCGAGAUGAAGGCUAGAAGCGUGAUAGUGGCAACGGUGAUGACUGUAGAGGUGAAAGCUGAGGGAUGUCGACUGUAGAGGUGAAUACGGUAGUGAUGAUAGCUUUAGGUAUGCCGAUGGCAGCGGGGAGGGCUGCAGGGCAGAUGGCUGUAAGGAUGAUGGCCAUGGGGUAAUGGUAGUGACGACAGUGAUGACUUUGUAGAUGCAAGUUGACCAGGAGCAUUGACCCAACAGGCAGAGAAAUGGUCCAACUUCUGGUUUCUGGAUUCUGUUCAGUGAGAUAAAGGGCUUGGAUAGGCCAUAUAAUGUCAAGUUGAUUGGCCACCUCUGGGGAAACGAGCAGAACUGGUGAUGAUUGACGUGAGAUACCAAGGUAGGGACUUUUCUCUGACUGUUCAACCCAAGAGCCGUCUACAUCAGAAUCUCUGGAGGCUAAAGCUGGGACUUCCUUCCUCCCCAGGGGCCGGCAGGGGCUGCGAUUGCUGAAAGAGCAGGUCACGUGGCAGGGCUUCCUGUAAGCUGCUGCCGCUGGGUGUCCAUGGCCCGCACCCCCAAGCUGCCGCUAUAGCAGUCAGAGUGGCAGCCGGAGGUUCGGUCCAUGCCGUACCCCCUGGACGGUGCUGGCAAGGCUGAGCAAGCAGCCUCUGCAUCUUGACACCUAGGUGAGCAGGGACGGGGUCUCCCCAGGACGGAGGACCAUGCUGCGCCGCAAGCCCUCCAACGCCAGCGAGAAGGAGCCUACUCAGAAGAAAAAGCUCUCCCUUCAGCGCUCCAGCAGCUUUAAGGAUUUUGCCAAAUCCAAACCCAGCUCUCCCGUGGUGAGCGAGAAGGAAUUUAACCUGGAUGAUAACAUUCCAGAAGACGACUCAGGUGUCCCCACUCCAGAGGAUGCUGGGAAGAGUGGCAAAAAGCUAGGGAAGAAGUGGAGGGCAGUGAUUUCCCGGACCAUGAACAGGAAGAUGGGCAAGAUGAUGGUGAAGGCCUUGUCAGAGGAGAUGGGAGAUACUCUGGAGGAGGGCUCAGCCUCCCCGACAUCUCCAGACUGCAGCCUGGACAGCCCCGGCCCUGAGAAGAUGGCGCUGGCCUUUUCAGAGCAGGAGGAGAGUGAACUUCCUGUGCUUAGCCGCCAGGCAUCGACGGGCAGUGAGCUCUGCAGCCCUAGCUCAGGCUCUGGCAGCUUCGGGGAGGAACCACCUGCUCCCCCGUACACAGGGCCCUUUUGCGGCCGGGCACGAGUCCACACCGAUUUCACUCCCAGCCCCUAUGACCACGACUCACUGAAAUUGCAGAAAGGAGAUGUGAUCCUCAUCACUAAAAAGCCACCCGUGGGCACAUGGCUGGGCCUGCUCAAUGGCAAACUGGGCUCUUUCAAAUUCAUCUACGUGGAUGUACUGCCCGAUGAGGCUGUGGGCCCUGCCCGCCCCAGCCGCCGACAGAGCAAGGGCAAGAGGCCCAAGCCCAAGACUCUGCAUGAGCUGCUGGAACGCAUCGGCCUGGAGGAGCACACGUCCACCCUACUGCUCAAUGGCUACCAGACGCUGGAGGACUUCAAAGAGCUGCGAGAAACACACCUCAAUGAGCUGAACAUCACGGACCCCCAGCAUCGGGCCAAGCUGCUCACGGCAGCCGAGCUGCUGCUGGACUAUGACACUGGCAGCGAGGAGGCAGAAGAGGGCGCCGAGAGCAGCCAGGAGCCAGUGGCACACACAGUGUCGGAACCCAAAGUGGACAUCCCACGCGACUCUGGCUGCUUCGAGGGCUCGGAGAGCGGGCGCGAUGAGGCAGAGCUGGCGAGCACUGAGGAGCAGCUUCAUGGCCUUUCCCUGGCCGGGGCACCUUGAGGUAGAGGUGGCCCAGGCCGAGGCUGGGCCAAAUCUGCAAAGGCCACAGGGACAGGCCCAGCCUCCUGCAGCAGCCUGGGCCCAGGAGACUGGUGCCGAGCCUGGCCCUGCUUCCCCAGGGGUGCUUAGGGCCACAAAGGCCUGAACAAGGCCCAACAGGCUCAGCUGAAGUGGAUGAGGAGCUGCCCAAGGGCACAUCCCACCUGCCCGAACGCCUCCCUCCACCAGCGACUGAUGGCACAGCCCCUCCUGGUACCACCCACUCCUUGUCCACCACCACAGCAGGUGGGGCACUGAGGGACCUUGCCCUUAUCCUUCACCACCAAGGACCCCAAACCCUCCUUGCUCCCACCCCACCUACCCCUCUUGCAUUGCUCCUGAAAAGGGAGCCACGUCAGUAUUUCAGGUCACUCUCAAAACCCUAGGGAAGCUGGCUCUUUAAAAGGACCCCAGCUGAUCCUGGGUAAAUCCAGAUUUCCCUAAAUAAGGUUUGAAGAAAGCCACGUGUACCAGUCUGGCUUUCUUUCUCUUUAACUUUUUUAGAGGUUUGGCCACUAAAUCCUAUGAGACUUGAACCAAGUGCUUUCCCUUUCUGGGUUUAGCACUGGUUGGGGUUAGAAUGGGUAGUCACUGAAGGCCGUGCCAGCUCUGACAUUCUGUAACAUUAAAUGUCUGCUCUCCUGUUACCUGGGGCCUGGAACAUCACAGGGGUUUAUCACAGGGGCCAGAGCUUUCAAAUGAAAUGGCUCCUCCUGCUCAUCUGUUUUAUCCCUCCCUAUGUAACUCAGGACAAGCUGCAACUUCUCCCCAGCUUAAAACAAUGCCACACCUCGUCACAAUCUGCACCUUCUUUUUCUAUUCCUGGCCCCCUCAAGCGAGACUUCCAGCAAGGCUGAUGGCAGAUGGUCAGACCUGGCUUCCAGGGACAAAAGUGCCCCUUGGAAGCCAGAUGCAGGUCUGGGUCCAGCCUUGGCCACUUGUGUAGGUCUUUACAAGCAAAAGAAAGCACUACACUUGACAUUGGGGAGUCUGCUACCCCGAAUUUGCUUUGCUAAAGUUUUGGUGUACACAAAGCUCCAGAAUGAGAGUAUCUGUUGGUGGGGGUCUCCCUUGACCCCCGUACCAAGUCUGUGCCCUGAAUUUCCAGAGUAGCCCUUCCCUGGUGCCCAACUGGCCUGAGGACAAACAAUGCCCACUACAUGUAAGACUGCCUGCUUAGUGGACACACUUUUUUUUUUUAUGGCCAUUUUCUCCUUCAGAUGGACACACGUCUUGACCUCCUACCAGGAACUUUGGUAAAAGUUAGCUUUGGGGAAGGGCUUGGGUGUAAAUAUAAGGGGGUGGAGGGAGACAAGCUGGUAACAAUAAACAUGGGUAGAACUGAA